GUUGUUUAUCGUUUUUAAAAUAGCUGGCAAUCAAAAGUUUACGAUCCGACAAUUACAAAAUACUGUUUUGUUCCUGUCGUCAGCAGAUCUCCAGCUCAAAGAUAAUUUGUCGAUCGAGAAUAUGUCGUCCAGUCCAGCAAAUCUAGAAGAUUUUGUGAGGGCAGCUGGUGAUGGCCAGCUACUACAGAUGAUGAAGGCUCUUCGCCAUCUAAACGAUCUGAACCAGCAGGACUCCAACGGAGACGUAGCACUUUGCCAAGCUUCUAAAGGUGGACAUCACGAUAUCUGCUCUAAGCUGGUGAUGGAGUACAAAGUAAAUGUCAACGCCAGAGACUCGCAGGGAAAAAUUCCUAUCCAUUACGCUGCAGCGGGUGGAUACGACAAGGUCGUAGAGCUGUUUGUUCACAACGGAGCCACCGUUGACGUCAUAGAUGACGAAGGGUGGAGCCCUCUACACCACGCGGCUCAAAGCGGAAGUCUGAACUCUGUUCGAGCACUUCUUAGAAAAGGAGUACCGUUGAAUGCACAAAUACCAAACGGAGAUACGGCAACACACUUAGCAGUGCUAUCAAGCAAAUUCUCACUUGACGUACUCAAAGAACUGAGUGGGUGGCCGGGAGUGAAAUUAGAUCUAAAGAACAAAGAAGGUGAGUCUGCACUAGAUGUUGCCAAGAGGAGAGGAAACAGGCAAGCCGUCGAGCAUCUUAAUACCUCAAGUUUGUUCGAAACACAAACUUUGAGCAGUAGGCAAGAAAGCACUCAAAGUUUAGUGCAGUCACCUACAAUACCUAUUACUAAGGAAAGCCCUUCUACAGUACCUAGACGUAAAGGGCCCGGAACGAAACCCCGGCCAGUCUCUUGGAGUGCAAAUUGGAUGGAGCGCCAAACACCAACUUUGAGCAAAAGACAAGAAAUCAUUCAAACUUCUCUGCAGUUGUCUGUUAGCAACGGUAGCCCUCCUACUGCAGUACCCAAACGUAACAAGCCCGCACUAAAACCCCGGCCAGCCACUUGGAUUUCAAGUCCGGAGCGCAGAAACACUGUUGAUGGAUCUCGUCUUUUGUCACCUGGCUCGUUUGACAGAACAACGAGUCCAAGUCGUCAAAACGUGACGCUUCCUCGAAGUAGCCCAUCUCAGUUGGAACCGCUAGAAGUUCAGAAAAGAGAACGUGCCGAAAUAGUUAUGGAAACAGCAAAGCGGAUCGAUACUCCGAGAAACCAGGAGCAAGGCGAAACGAAAGAGAUUGAGGCUGGCGUAUCUCGUCUUUUGUCACCUGGUUUGUCAGACAGAACAACGAGUCCAACUUGUCAAAACGCGACGCUUCCUAGUAGCCCAUCUCAAUUGGAACCGCUGGAGGUUCGGAAUAGAAAACGCAGAUCUGACGAUCUAGACGGAGCUAUGAAGACAGCAAGCCGGAUCGAUACUCCAAAAAAACAAGAGCAAUGCGAAACGAAGGGGAUGGAGGUUGAGGAGAUCCAAAAUACAGACACUAAACAACUAAAUGAGUACACGCCUAUAGACGAAAACCCAGCAACGUUUACUGAACACCCAGUAAAUCUUUUUGAUGUAGAAAGCGUAAGACGAGAUCCUGCAAUUGAAAGAGCUGGUAGUGGAAAGACUAGUGACGACAAUGCACCAACAGGUCUACAGUUACCAUCUGACACUCCGCAGCAGAUAACUCAAGCAGAUAAUAACCAGCCAGAUGAUGGUAAGACUAUUGAUACACUUGAAGAGAACUUAAGGUUACAAGUGUGUUGCAUGGAAAAUACGAUAAAGCAACUACGUCAAGAAAUUGCGCAACAGGGACAGCUACUCAACUCUUAUCAAAAGGGUGAGCAAGAAGAGGUGGAAAAUCUUGUUCCAAUAAUAAUGAAUUUAAACCAAGAACUUGAGAAAUAUUCAAACAACGAAACCAACAUGAAACUGAGACACGAAAGAGAACUGAAACAACUUCGUGAUCGAUUAGAAAGAGCAGAAAAGACAAAUGAAGAGUUGCGCGAUCAGUUGGAAACACAACGAAAUGACUACCGUCUUUUAGAACAAAACACUAGUGAGACCGAAAAUCAGCUGCAUAGUUUCCAAAACCCUCUUACAAUUAAACCUGACACAAUCAAACCUACGACAGAAGAACUUGGAGUCGGAUCACAUGGAGGUGUAAAGGUUGUAAGAUGGAAUGGUGUGCCAGUUGCAGCAAAAGCUGUUCACAGUAUCAUAGUCGACUCGCGUAUCAGAGGUCUCGUUCAACAAGAAAUCGAUAGCUGUUGUCGCAUUCGUCAUCCAAACAUUGUAACAGUGUUUGGGGCCGUCACAGACGACGAUAAGCCACCUCAACUGCUCAUGGAAAUAAUGGAAGGAUCUUUAAGCGCCGUGAUAACGGCAGCUAGAAAAAACUACUACCUUACAAUGCGAGAGCAGGUAGACAUCAUGCGAGACUGCGCUGCGGGUAUCAACUACAUGCACUCGUUAACACCACCUCUUCUUCACGGUGAUAUUCGAUCAGAAAACGUACUCGUCACACUAGACAUGACAGCCAAGCUGGGCGAUCUCGGUGCUGCUCACAUUUUGAAUGCUUCCCAGUCUGCCGGACCUCUCAGCUUGAAUUAUCUUGCUCCAGAGAGAAAGCCUGAUCUAGUGAGCGGUACCGCAAUUCACAACACUCCGGCUGCAGACAUGUUUAGUUUUGGAAUUCUGAAUAUUGAAAUAAUAACUGGGAGUGUACCUAGAUGGAACGAGCGAUCGAAACGUGUACGAACGAUCCAACACAAGAGAUUGCGGGCGAUGUGUCAGCAGAUGAUAGGUGAACCACCCCACACUCGCCCAGCGUGCACAAAUAUUUUACAGCAAGUACUCGAGAUGACGUAUAGCAGCCAAUACACUGAAUGCCAACCGAAAAGAAGAGUACAAAGAAACCGUGAGAAAGGAGUAGACUUGCUGCAUUCAGCAAUACACUGAUAUGACCAUAUUAUUACUUACGUAAUUGUCAUUGUGUUACCAUUGCAGUCGUAAUUAUGUUGUAUACAUACUACGCAUGCGUAUAUUAACCUAAGUGUGUACUUGUUCAAUUUCUGUUUAUUGCUUACUGCAUUCAUGGUCUUAAUUAAUUACUUGCCUGACACACAGCCAAUUUUGAAGCUAUAAAGUUAUU